GGAUCAGAGACUUUUUUUUUUUAUAUAUAUUUCUUUGCUGUGAUGUGAUGGAGAUAUGUUGAACAUGGGAGUACCGCUGUCUUUAUCCCUGUCGUUAAUGUGGCUGCUGCUGUCCUUUGCCAACUGUUCUCAUUUCAGAGGUGGUUCCAUAUCAUGGAAACCGACGUCCAACCCGUCACAGAUUGAGAUCUCCCACCAGAUGGCUUGGAGACGGUCCUACAGCAGCUCGUCAUAUUGUGACGACACAAAAAUAGCGAACGGAGGGCUCAUAGCUCUAUCAGCCAAUUUGUACUGCAGAGAGGGCUGCAACUCGACCAGCAGUAUCAGCACCAUGCGCGGUAAAUGCAUUGCGUUCAGCGCAGGAGAGGAUUGGUCCCUGGGAGAGGGGUCGUUCUUAUUCACUGUUCCUACCCCUGGAAUUCAGUACACUUUCAGGCUGGAGGGCUGUUGCUGGCAAAGUUUGAGUAAUGGCGCUUCAAGUGGUUCAAUGAGAAUGACUUUGACCGCUGACCUACAACCUCGAAGUGACACAGGGGUCAUCAACUCCUCUCCGGUCGUCACUAUGACACCCGUUGUUCGUCUUCUCGCUGGCUGUCAACAUUCAUUGAGAAUACCAGUGAUUGACGCAGACGGGGACAUCGUGCGUUGUCGGUUCCCGACCUCCAACAGCACCAACGAGUGCGGGAAACUCUGUGACGGACUUGCAGGCAGUACCAUAGACACGGAUACGUGCGUAUUUAAUUAUAAUUCAACGUCGGGGACAGGAACCUAUGGGGUGAGUGUGCAGAUCGAGGACUUCGCUGUCACGGCUCCCACCGCCGUUCUGAGCUCGGUGCCAGUACAGUUCCUGAUCAUUGUGUUCUACGACUCCUUGUCGUGUGACGAUGCACCGUCCUUUGUGGACCCCACCCCACCGGAAGCCAGCUGUCACGUCGUAACAUCAACCUUUACUAAAACAAUCGUGGCAAGAACAAAAAAUGCUGCCCAUUCAGUAACAAAGAUAUUCCUUAUGGGUCCUACUGGAAUUACAAAGACCAGCUUAGCCCCCUAUGGGAGUUCCGGUAGGGAAUGGUCUAUAUCAGUCACGUGGUCACCCACGUCAAAUCAAGCCGGAUAUCAUCUUGUGUGUUUUAAUGCAGAAAUCAACAGCAAACUCUCCUCAAGUAUGAUUUGUAUUGAUCUGAUGAAAGGAACGCCACCAUCCAUUAAACAAAAUUGUCUGACGCCAUCUAGUGACGUCAUCAUGGGGCCCAAUAUUACAUUUAAAAUGUGUUUUGAUAGAAAGAUUAUGCGACCAACGACAGAUAAAUUCAUGAUAAUUUAUCAUUCAAAUGGAACUGAAGCAAACAGAUUCAAUAUAACGGAUCCAAACAUAGCAAUAUUUUCGACUGCUGUCGAUCGCACUGUUACUGUCACGUGGGGCGGAUCAUCGGGGUCUGACAUAUUAGGUGUUGGACAAUAUUAUAUUUUACUAGAAGCAGGGUCAGUUGCCGCUCCUCCCCUGAGUUGUCUGGCAGACUGGCCUGGAAUUACCCAGCCUUUUUACUGGAACUUCACCGUAGUUGAUCGUACUCCACCUACCCUCAGCUUUACAUCAAACCCAACACAGGUCAACGACAACGAUUCCUUCUCUGUGACUUGGACGGUGAGUGAACCACUCUCCGUGGAGCGCUGUAAUUUGACAACACCUUCAUCUUCAUCCAUAGUGAACUGUCGCGGUACCUUUACUCAAAACAACUUGGUCGCAGGAAAUUAUUCCAUUAGUAUUGAAAUAGAAGAUUUGAACGGGAACAAAGCUGGACCGUUUGACCACCAGUGGGUCGUUAUUGAUAGUACUCCACCUACCCUCAGCUUUACAUCAAACCCAACACAGGUCAACGACAACGAGACCUUCUCUAUGACUUGGACGGUGAGUGAACCACUCUCCGUGGAGCGCUGUAAUUUGACAACACCUUCAUCUUCAUCCAUAGUGAACUGUCGAGGCUCCUUUACUCAAAACAACUUAGUCGCAGGAAAUUAUUCCAUUAGUAUUGAAAUAGAAGACUUGAACGGGAACAAAGCUGGACCGUUUGACCAUCAGUGGGUCGUUACUGACGUAACGCCGCCAAGUCUCACAUUUGUGACCAACCCUUCCCUGACUAAAAGCAACGCCUCUAUCACUUGGACCCUUAGUGAGCCUGUUGCAUCAUCUAAAUGUACUGUGACGUUUCCGAACGGCACCGUAGUAAAUGAAACUUGCAAUGACCAAUGGGAAGCUAUUGAUUUACCACGUGGUACUUACCAAAUCAGCAUCGUUUUGGUUGACGCAGCUGGUAAUAUCGGGGGAGCAUUUCGCCACACUUGGACGAACAUUGACGUCACGCCCCCGAUUCUGACAUUCAGAAGGAAACCAAGGAGAUCUCUGAGCAAGGCUAACAUUACCUGGGUGACUAACGAGGAAGCUGAUGGAGUGUGUGAAGUCCAGGGCCCUUCCUCUUUUUAUAGGUCAGUAGUAUGCGACAAAGCCUGGAGCGAGGACUAUUUACCGGAAGGGAAUUUUAUCCUUAACGUCACCGUUUAUGACAGGUCUUUAAACAUGGCAGGUCCAUUCCAACAUAAAUGGUACAAUCGAGAUGUAAAACCUCCGGAGUUGAAACUGACGAGCACUCCAUAUUGUGACAAGUCAUAUGAUAAUGCCUCUCUUACGUGGACUUUCAAUGAGGACGCAACAUCAACGUGUCUGAUCAAAACGUCAUUAGGGACCGAGUUUGCCGUCUGUGACAAAAGUUGGAGUGGAACUUUUUUGCCUGAAGGAAAUGUAACAAUCGAAAUAAAUGCUCGUGAUAAAUCAAGGAACUCUGCACCAUCUUUCUCGUAUACCUGGUACAACAAGGAUAUUACGCCUCCAGUACUGACCUUUACACGGAACGGAGCAUUAACAAUAAAUGAUGCAACGAUCACAUGGUCUGUCAAUGAACCGGCAUCGGCCAACUGUACGCUCACCACUCCAUUCACGACUUCGGUGUUUUCUUGUGAUUCUGGUUCAUGGUCUGGGAGCAGUCUUCAAGGAGGGGUUUACGAACUCAGUAUUCGCUUGCUGGAUCUUGGUAACAACUCUGCGGGGCCAUAUGUUCAUAAAUGGAGAAACGUGGACACAAUCAGACCAAAAAUGACCUUUACCAAGACCCCCAGUAGAACGUACAGUAACGCGACAAUACAAUGGGGCGUGUCUGAACCCGUGAACGGCAGUUGUGAAAUCAGAGGACCCUCUAACUUCUACAGGAACGUGUCUUGCGAUCGCAGCUGGGUGGGAUUGAACCUCCCUCCAGGAUCCUUUACUCUUUCAAUUAUGGUGAUCGACACUUCUGGAAAUAUCGGGGGUCCUUCCAGUCAUACGUGGAUUAACGAGGAUGUUACACCGCCAUCACUUCAGUGGGUAGGUUCAACUCCAUCCCAAACUAAUGGAAGCAUCAUGUUGUCCUGGACGACGGAUGAAGCAGUGACGUCACUUUGUACCGUUCAUUCUCCAGUGAAGGCUACAGACGUAUCGUGUAAUAACAAGUGGGUGGGAACAGAGCUGAGACAUGGAGAGUACUCCUUAACAGUUAAAAUGGUGGACGGGUCCGGCAACAAAGCGGAGGCUGUUCAUCGCUGGAACAAUACUGCACUGGAAUUGGUAUUUGAAGUGAUACUGACUCUUUCGAAUGUGAAAGUAACGAAUUUUACAAACAAAACGUCUCCAGAAUACACCAAGCUAGAAACAGAGAGUCAGACCGGAUUGGAAAAUUUCUAUCAACAAAAAGUCGACAAUUUUAAGGCGGUCCACAUCAGAGACAUCAACGUUUUUUCGAAGCCAACCAGACAGAAAAGAAGUACCACCUCGACCGGAAGUCAGGUAAUAGUAGACCAUGACGUUGUCCUGGGUGGGAACAAUAUGUCCACAGGUGCAGCUGCUCUGUCCAAAACCCUGUCAACGCUUUCUACCGGGGGGUCGACCAUAAACAUUGGAGGAUCAACAGCAUCGUUCGCCAAUGUCACUCUCUUGUUGGAUAAACGAGCAUCAAACGUAACAUUUAGUAAAGACUCCAGUACUUGUGAAAUAUCUCAACUGUAUGUCAAAUGUGGUCUUAGAGAGUACUGUGACGAGGCAACAGGCAUGUGUGUAACCAACGCAAAACCAGAUAACAACGGUAUGAUUUUAAGCAUCGGGCUCGGAGUGUCGGGGCUGGUCGUUCUGCUGCUGACUACAAUCAUAGUCGUUCUGUUUUAUCUCCGGAAGAAAGCAGAGCAACACAAAAAAAGACAGCAGAUUGAAAACGAUGAAAAGAAAAGGUUUGAAAAGCCAGUGGAAACAAUAACUUUCCCACCGCAAGUAAUGUACAAGCCUUAUAAAUACUGGCAGUAAUGUGACGAAAGGGGAAAUGGCCGUGAACAGCAUAUCACUGAGUUAUUGUUAAACAGCUGUUAUAACAUAACGAACAAUAUCUGGAUACUUUAACGUUUUUUUUUUAUUAAAUCUUCUGGCUUCAAAGACAUCGUAAACAUCGUAAACAUGGAAUUAUAUGUCACGUUAAUAUGCAUUGAAGUUUUGAAUUGUUGGAAUAUGAAACAAAUAUGCAAAUAAACAACAUAUGAAUACUCA